AUUUGGUAAAGUUUAGGACCAUUUUGUCUAACAUAACUGUGCUAGUCUCAAUUUAAGAAGUAAAGGACAGAUUCUCAUCAAACCUUUCUUUCUCCUUAAUUUCUUACCUUCCCUCUCCACAAAACAACAAACCUCAGAUCUCAUGGAUAUCUCCGCCGCCGCCGCCGACGACGGCGCCGCCGCCGGCCUCCGCGUCGCCUCCUUCGCCUGCUACCUCGACGCCGACAAGGACACUCUGCUCCACAAAAUUUCACCUCAGGACACCGCCGCCAAAAUUCAUAAAUCAGCCGCCGCCGCCGCCGCCGCAAACAACAACCUACGAAUCGACUCCCUCUCGUACAACCUUAAACCCCCCGAAGAUCACGGCUUCGUUUUCAACGUCCCGAAGCCUAUCCAAAACCGCUCCGGCGGCGCCUUCGCGUUCCCUAAGGACACCGAAAUCAGCGUAUUCGGAGCAGAUAAGUAUUUCAACGCCGUCAAAUUAGACCACCGCCGCCGUUCGGAGAAUCCGAUGAAGGAAUUCGCGCACGUGGAUAAUUGUAAUAAUAAUAAUAAUAUUCCGGCUAGGCCGCCGCCGCCGCCGCCGUCAAUGUGCUCGGAGGUCAGUAGCUUGAACAGCCGGACGGCGCUUAUGGCGCCGGCGCGGCGUUCCGCGCCGGCUCCGGCGCGGACGGCUUCUAGAAGGUCGUGUUUCUUCACGCGCUUCGCCUGCCAAGGGCCGUGUUUCGACAGGAAAGACGUUGUCUCCGUCGCAGACGCGCCGCCGGCCGGCGGCGGCGCGGAAGAAUCUAGAAAUUCUAUUGAAGUUUUUGGCGCGGGGGUUUUUAAACAGAAGGGUGACGUGGCGGCGAAUUUGGAGCGGAAGCUGUCUAUGCUGACGUGGGACGCAAUUCCGGCGGGGAGUUUGGGCGGCGCUAUUCCGGCGGCGGCGGCGCCGCCUCCGGCAUCUACAGCACGGACGAGCACUAUUUGUGAUGACAUGGCGAGCGAUGCGAGUUCCGAUUUAUUUGAAAUCGAGAAUAUUACGGGAUCAAUGUAUCCGAUGCUGACGGCGGCGGCGGCGGCGGUGGGGGAUGACGUGUCGUGCUGUCAGAGCCCCGCGUCGCAGUACGCGCCGAGCGAGGCGAGUAUACAGUGGAGCGUGGUGACGGCGAGCGCGGCGGAUUACUCGUCGGUGCUGUCGGAUUAUCACCACGACGGGAGCGUGAGCUGCCACGUGUCGAGGAACAAUUCGCGGAGCUGUACGAAAAUCAGGAACGGCGGCGCCGCCGCCGCCGCCGGUAAAAAGAGCGGGCCGAAAGGGCGGGCCGGGGGCCUGUUGGGAUGCAAGAACCACAAGGCAGUUGAUGUUGCGGAGAAUGCGUGUGCACUGUAAGAAGAAUGAAUUCGUUUACCAUUGUCUGAAAAAAUUAUUGAUUUUUUUUUUUUUUUUUUUUCUUGUAUAUAUAUGAUUUCGAAUAGUUAUAUAUACUAUAUAUUGAAUUGUUGUUUGUAUUAGUUAUGUUAUAUGAUUGUAUUUUGAUCUUUUUAAACUAUCUUUGUUUCAUA